GUUGACUAACGUUAGUUAACGUAGUGUGCAAAGUAAUCAGCGACAGCAAACAGUUUGCUUUCAUCAUCUGUCACAUGACAUGUCAGCGCCUUAAAUGAUGCCGUUUAAAAUAAAUAAAUAAUAAAGGGGGGUGCCGGCCGUCAGCGAACCGAGCCAGAACACGCUCUGGGUGGAAUCUCCAUCCACCGGUUUUACCCAAUAAUAAGUACCUUCCCAGGCUUUGUUGUAGCUGCAUUUUCUUUGUCCCAGGCUCCAUUUUACACCACCAUCCCGCCAUUUCGUUCUAUUUUAAGCGGGACACCUGGUCACCCUAGCUAUAUAGUUGUGAAAUAUAUCUAGCGGUUAUACAUUUAUAUUCUGCGUUGCUGAAUUGUUGUCCUCCUCCUUUGUGUUUGCUCUAUGGUUUCAAAAUGAAGCGAAAAAAAGACAUUAUAUCCUUUUUCGCCCCCCCAAAAAAAAAAUGAUGAGGCAGACAUUAACACACAGCAGGAAGUGCAGAUUGCCACAGAGACAGAGCCGGAGGACUUUUCAGGAGAGACUGAUCUGGAAAUUGAAGGUUCAGAGCAGGCAGAGAAAGAUGGGGAGUCACAGAGUGAGGCUGAGGAUGAAAUCGAGAGUGAGAUAGAGGAUAGAUCCACAAGUACUGGAAUAUCAGAUAUCAGCAAGUGCAAAGAGGAGCCACCAAUGCAACCACACCCUAAAUUGUUUCCAAGGACCUGGAUGGGCGACCGGAGAAGGAGUUUCAAGGCUGACUGGUACAAGAUUCACCCCUGGCUUGAGUACUCCAAAAUGUCAGACUCUGCUCAUUGUUACGCCUGCAGACAUUUUAGCCCUCCGAAUAGCACAGACACUGUAUUUGAUUCACCUUCAGGUUUCAAAAACUGGAAGAAGGCAACAUACAAAGAGGGGGGAUUUGCAAUCCAUGCCAAAUCUGAGCGGCACACGCACGCAAUGAUUGCAUGGAAAGACUACCAGAGAGCUGUGACAUACAAUGCAACAUUGGCAAAUGUACUUAACAAAGAACAUAAGAAACUGGUUCAAGAAAAUCGGGAAUAUAUAAAAACCAUAGCCGAAGUGCUGCAACUUACUUACUUACUGACACAAAACAUUGCUCAAAGAGGACACAAUGAGUCUGCAGGCUCAGAUAAUAAAGGGAACUUCAUGACCAUUCUAGAGACAAUUGCUAACCAUGACAAAGCUGUUAAAAAAAGGUUGACUUCCAUUCAUAAUGCAAAGUACACAAGCAAAACCAUUCAGAAUGAAGUUCUGGGUUGUCUUGCAGACAUGGUUCGAUCUGAAAUAACAGAGGAAGUGAAAAACAGUCUUUAGCAUCAUGGCAGAUGAAACAAAAGAUGUUAAAAAAAAAGAACAGAUUUCUCUUGUAGUCAGGUACUACUUCAAUGGUGCUAUCCAGGAGAGUUUUCUCCAUUUUGAGUCAGUAGAGAGGCUAGAUGCAGCAGGGCUUACUGAAAAAAUAAUUCACAUAUUGGAAAGUAACGGUCUGGAAUACAAAAACAACCUUGUAGGCCAAGCAUAUGAUGGUGCUGCUGUCAUGAGCGGUAAGCACUCAGGGGUCCAGGCUGGAAUCAGAGAGCAAGCUAAAUAUGCUUUUUAUGUUCAUUGCAAUGCUCACUGUCUAAAUCUAGUUUUAGUAGAUACAGUCAAAGCUGUCCCAGAAGCAGAGCAGUUCUUCUCCUUACUAGAAAAGCUAUACGUCUUCACAUCUGGGUCGUAUGUCCACCCCAAAUGGCUAGAUAUCCAAAGAGAGAUGUACGAAGGUGCCACAAGAGAACUCCAGCGAUUGAGUGACACUAGAUGGGCAUGCACAUUUAUAUCUCUCCGUAACAUAAUGGAUAGAUUACCGGCCCUCAAGCGAGUACUGCAAGACAUAGCCCAAGAACGCAAUGGUGAGAGAUCUAUUGAGGCACGUGGUCUGCUGGCACAGUUGGAUCUAGAAUUCAUUGUGCAUCUUGUAACACUCCGUAAAGUGUUUGCAGAAACAACAUUUCUCUCUGACAUGUUACAGUCUUCAUCCCUUGACAUUUCAAAGGCUGUGGAUUUAGUUGAAUCUUUAGUUCAGACAUUGAAUGACUUCAGACAGGAGUCAUUUUUUGAUAACUUGUGGGAUGAAGUGUUGAACAUUUCUGAGCAAUGUGAUACAGCAAUACAGCCAGCAGCAAAACGACAAAAAAGACUGAGCUCUAAACUUGCUGAAAGCUUCGUACUGACUACUGUUGGACAGAGAGAGACAGAACAAGAUAAACACGGGUUUCGUACAGCCUUUUUCUACCCUGUCAUUGAUCAGAUGCUCAAGGAGCUUAAUAGACGGUUUUCAAACACAAACUGAUGAAUAGCAUCCAAGCUCUUAACCCCAAAAGUGAUGCAUUUCUGAAGGAGACAACUCUGUUUUCAUUUGCUCAGUUGUAUGAUGCAAAUAUUGAGGACUUGGGGCAUGAGCUACAUCAGUUCAGCAGAAUUUUAGAUAGGAAAAUAAAGACUGGGAUGCAGAGACCUGAUAGUACAGUGGAGCUUGUUCAGUUCAUUGAACCUUAUAAAGAAAUGUUUUUUGAGCUCUUCAGACUCUGCAAAAUAGCAGUCGCAAUCCCAGUCAGUUCUGCUUCCUGUGAGCGUAGUUUUUCUACAUUGAAGCUGGUCAACAUUUUUCUCAGAUCCACCAUCACUGAUGAGAGACUGAGCAAUCUGGGUGUGCUUAGUAUUGAGUCAAGGAGGUCAAAGGCUUUGAAUCUUGACUUAUUUGUUGAUCGGUUUGCCAAAAAUCACAAAAACCGCAGGAUUAUGUUGCUGUAAUGGGACGUUUUGGGAAGGAAACUAAAUGUGUUUUCCAGAUAUCACUGUUUUAUGUUUAUUAGAAAUGUGACGGAAUAGACGAAACUGAUUAGUGCGCGUGCAGAACAGGUGUGUUCAGUCUUCAUGUUUGUUAAAUAGCCUACUUGUCUGUGCUUAUGGGAAAUAAUACAUCUGAAAUCUAUGUUUUCUAUCUACAUCCAUGUAUUUUAUUUCAUUUAAAGUCAACAUUUAAGAUUUGUAAACUUUUGCAUCAAAUCCUUUUCUGUGGAUUUAAAAAUCUAUAAAUGUAAUGCUGAAGCUAACAGUAUAAGAUCUGUCUGAAAUAAAUAAGUGUACUGAAACAAAUACCAAUAACUGUAUUGCAUUGUUUUCUUAUGCGCAAUUACUUCGUACUGUCUAGUUCUCUUUUUCGUCCUGCAUUUAUUGUGCCCCCCUCAGAAAAUAACUGACCCCCAGUGGCCCCCCCACUCAAAUUGGUCUAGAACCGCCCCUGGGUGAGUAAUACAUUUCU